AAUGCCUGCUGGUUCCGCCUCCACCGUCGUGGGAGGACUGCUUGCCCCUCCCACCUCCACCAGCAGAGGGUGAAUGCCUGCUGGUUCUGCCUCAACCGUCGUGGGAGGACUGCUUGCCCCUCCCACCUCCACCAGCAGAGGAUGAAUACCUGCUGGUUCCGCCUCAGCCGCCGUGGGAGGACUGCUUGCCACUCCCAGCUCCACCAGCAGAGGGACACAGGGUACGAGGGAGAAGUGGAGCUCCCGCUGCCGCCUCCAUGGCCAGGGGCUCCCCUCCCGAGUUCGCCUUCCGAGGGUCCGCUGCGGCUGCCGUCGCCUUCCGAGGGUCCGCUGCGGCUGCCGUCGCCUUCCGAGGGUCCGCUGCGGCUGCCGUCGCCUUCCGAGGGUCCGCUGCUGCUGCCGUCGCCUUCCGGGGGUCCGCUGCUGCUGCCGUCGCCUUCCGAGGGUCCGCUGCUGCUGCCGUCGCCUUCCGAGGGUCCGCUGCUGCUGCCGUCGCCUUCCGAGGGUCCGCUGCUGCUGCCGUCGCCUUCCGAGGGUCCGCUGCUGCUGCCGUCGCCUUCCGAGGGUCCGCUGCUGCUGCCGUCGCCUUCCGAGGGUCCGCUGCUGCUGCCGUCGCCUGGGGUCGCCAGGGAUCCUGCUUCGCCUGGGGUCGUCGAGGGUCCGGCUUUGCCUGGGGUCGCCAGGGAUCCUGCUUCGCCUGGGGUCGUCGAGGGUCCGGCUUCACCUGGGGUCGCCAGGGAUCCUGCUUCGCCUGGGGUCGCUACACGAUGGCCGGAGCUCCAUGAAAGGGAGCUGCCAGAAAUGAAGAAAGGGGGGGAGGUCAGGAGACCAGCUCCCCCAGCCGCACUUUCGCGGCUGGAGAUCAUGUGGUCGGAGCCCCACGGAGGGGAAUUGCCGGCCAUGAAGAAGGGGGGAGAGGUCAGGAGACCAGCUCCCCCAGCCGCACUUUCGCGGCAGGAUAGAGUGUGGCGGGAGCCCCGGAAGAGGGAGCUGCCGGCCACGAAGAAUGGGGGGGUGCCAGAGAUUCCACCAUGGCCACCCCCCAGAAGUAACUUGCUUCCCCCUCUUCCGGGACUUUAAGACUGAGGGGGGAGGUGGCCGUUGGGGCCAUGUGUGCUGCGCACAAGGGGGGGCAUGUGUGGCGGAGUGUCCCGCCCCUAUUUAUUAUUAUUUGUAUUUUUGUUUGCGGCGCGGGUAAAAGCGCUGCGUCUUUUAUUAUUAUUUAAAAACCCCGUGAGGAUGCAUGGCUGAUCAGCUACUGAUUACUUAAAUAGCUGACAGUCAUGCAUCCUUACCAAACGCGUGCAGACU